AUGGCGUCUCAGACUACUGUGCUCAAGGUUGGUAUGUCAUGCCAAGGCUGUGUUGGUGCUGUGAAAAGGGUUCUUGGAAAACUUGAAGGUGUAGAAUCAUAUGACAUUGAUUUCGAUGCACAGAAAGUGACGGUGAAAAGCAAUUUACCACCCGAGACAGUCCUGCAAACCAUUUCCAAAACUGGCAAGAAGACUGCCUAUUGGGAAGCAGAAGCACCAGCAGAGCCUGAAGCAAAGCCUGCAGAAGCAUCAGCAGAGCCCGAAGCAAAGCCUGCAGAAGCUGUGGCUGCUGCUUAG